AUGUCUAGGUUCAGAAAUCAGUCGGGAAGCUGCCCAGUCUUAGUGUUCAGGACUGAGGCCCUGGGCCAGAGGACGCACCUCGGUGAUGGAGGCGAGAAACUCAAUUUACAAACGACUGUUUGGGAACAGUCAUGUCACCCAGUCCAGAGGGAGCCGGUACGCUGCGUUCUGCGAACUUCGGAGGCGACUUCGGGGAAGCGGCGUCUUCCUCAUUGUGCGUGGUCAGGGGCAACACCCCGGGACGGCCCCGAGGCGUCAGGACUACAACUCCCAGAAUGCCGCGGGCCAGACUGCAGCUCGCCUGCCCAGACGUGGUGGCAACUCCGCCCCUCGCCGGGCGGCGGCGCUGCAGCCUCAGUCCUAAGUGGGCGGAGGCGGCUAGCGAAGGGGGUCUGGGCCGGCCGGGUUUGCAGGCGAGAUUUGCGGGCUGGGUUGGGGGCGUUGAGCCCUUGGCUCUUCCUAGUUGGUAGGCGGGACCCCAGCCCCCGCCUCCUCCAGGGUAAAGCUCUCACGUCCACCUGGCGCGACGCUGAGCCAUCUUCUGAAGCACCACAGUCCUCAGAACCCCACAUCCCGCUGCCGGUGGUUCCCCGCAUCCGGUGUCCGCCCCCCGCCCCCCGCCCCCAAGCCUCCUUCCCUCCCGCGCAGCCUCAGCUCUCUGCCCUUAACCGCGACCUGGGCCUCUCCUGGGGAGGCCCAGGAUGGGGUCCUCAGAAGUCCAGAGACCCAGGGGCAUUUGUGGGGUGUGUGGGGGAGCAGACUUUAGGGAAGGGUGGUUCCCUUCAAAUUGGGACCACCAGGCCAGAAUCAGGCCCACAGUUUCCUCCUCUGUGGCUUCCUGUAGCACUCCAAGUGGGAAAGAGAGAAACUUGGAAGUGAAA